AUGGAGGAGCUCCGCAAGUCUAUGCUUGUGGCUUUGAUCCUCGCGGUCACCUGCUCCGUUGCGGUUGCCUAUGAUCCCCUCGACCCGACAGGCAACAUUACAAUCAAGUGGGAUAUCCAGUCAUGGACACCUGACGGGUACGUCGCCAUGGUGGCGAUGAACAACUACCAGCAGUACCGCCAGAUCAUGGCGCCUGGGUGGACGCUGGGGUGGUCGUGGGCCAAGAAGGAGGUGAUCUGGUCCAUCGUGGGAGCGCAGGCGACCGAGCAGGGCGACUGCUCCAAGUUCAAGGGCGGCAUCCCGCACUGCUGCAAGCACACGCCCUCCGUCGUCGACCUCCUCCCCGGCGUCCCCUACAACCAGCAGAUCGCCAACUGCUGCCGUGGCGGCGUCAUCUCCGCCUACGGCCAGGACCCCGCCGGCUCGCUCUCGGCGUUCCAGGUCUCCGUGGGGCUCGCCGGGACCACCAACAAGACCGUGAAGCUGCCCAAGAACUUCACGCUCAUGGGCCCCGGGCUCGGCUACACCUGCGGCCCCGCCACCAUCCGGGCGCUGACCCCCGGGGUGAACACGCCCAAGAAGGACGGGGCGCAGCUGCUGCAGUGCACCAACCACAUGUGCCCCAUCCGGGUGCACUGGCACGUCAAGCUCAACUACAAGGACUACUGGCGCGCCAAGAUCGCCGUCACCAACUUCAACUACCGCAUGAACUACACGCAGUGGACGCUCGUCGCCCAGCACCCCAACCUCAACAACGUCACAGAGGUCUUCAGCUUCCAGUACAAACCCCUCCUCCCCUACGGGAACAUCAACGACACCGGCAUGUUCUACGGCCUCAAGCUCUACAACGACCUGCUCAUGGAGGCCGGCCCCUUCGGCAACGUGCAAUCGGAGGUGCUCAUGCGCAAGGACGAUAGGACCUUCACCUUCAGCCAGGGAUGGGCCUUCCCACGCAAGAUCUACUUCAACGGCGACGAGUGCAAGAUGCCGCCGCCCGACUCCUACCCCUACCUGCCCAACUCCGCGCCGCUUGUGACGCCGCGUUCCGUCAUCACCGCUGCCUCGGCGUGCUUGCUCGUGCUGCUCCUGCAGGUGGCAUGA